AUGCUGCGAGCCGACUUGCACUGCUUCUUCCAGAAUCAUUGGACUACGAUCGUUCUCUGGAUGGAUUUCUUGCACCCAGUGCACCACGUUGGCACCGAACGCCUUGAGCGUGUCCCGCUGCUUACGCUAUGCAGAGCCUUCCAUAGGCUGACACAAACGGAGGGUCCUGUACACGAGUUUGCAAGAGAGACGCCUCGGCUUUACCAAUUGCUUCUUCUGCUGUAUCUGCGCUUCGACAAAUACAGGCCCGUCCAGAUCGACAAAACGACCGUGCUUAAGUGCUUAACGCUAUUGUCGCUGACCGCGCGUCAGGCCAUGUGGCGUGUCGACAAGAGGCCGUACGAGCACUUGUACGGGGAAGGUCGAUUUCAUACCGUCAUGAAGGAUAUCGCCAACACACUCUUUAUCGAUGCCGCUCUCUCUGCAGUGGGUCAUAGGCCCCGCCGGCUCUAUCGGAAGGUCGUCCUGCAUCUCCAACUAUUUGUCACAGCAAUUCGAGAAUGUCCGGAUGCCGACAUAACCUUGGCUGACCCCGCUAUCUCAGCCUUCGGGGAGCUGGCUGGUGAAGUCCUGCCUAUCCGUGCCCACUCUCGCAUCGUCAUUGAGCAGCUUGUCGACCUCGCGCGCGUGUUCUUCAACAUGCCCGACGGUCGGGGCAAGAACGGCGCGCGGCUCAUAUGCAAGUUAUUCCACACGAUCUGGAUGACUUGCUAUGAUGGGCGCUCGGUGGCUUGGGCUCUACGCGCAGGCGUGCUGCCACUCAUGGUGGCUUUGAAUGCGGAAGAGGAGACUAAGAUGGUAUCGGACGCACUCUUCGCUAUCACGGGCAAGGCCUGUCAUGUUCGUGUCAUACGCGCCCUGCGCUCUUCGGACGGGGAAGUCAUGUCGUUUCGGGGCAGUGCUUUUCGGAAGCCUGAGGAGCUGGACGAGCUGGAUAGAUGGCUCAGGGGCCGCGCCGACCUAUGGCACUGGGAGUACCAGAACCAGAGGUGUCAUUCUCAGCAGUGUACCAGGCGGGAGUCCAGUGAACCGGCAGCCGUUCGCUUCUGCCAUUGUUACAACGUUGCAUAUUGCUCCAAAGAGUGCCAGCGCGCAGACUGGGAGGAGCAUAGGAAGACAUCCUGUGUAAAUAUGGAUUGGGGCGUACAAUAUAUUGGGUUUAUGCAAGGAGACCUAUCGCCCCUCGACGCGCAUUUCGUCGCCUGCUGCACAAUGCACUACGAGCGUGUGCACGCACAAACAAUCUUGCUCAGCAUCGAGCGCGCUCUACAAUCUGUCGAUACUCGACCAUGCAAAUUCGUGGUCAUGAUCCACAUCUGCUUCGCGGUCUCGACCUACGAAGUUCAUCUCGGAUUGCCGCCUCGCAAACCUGGCGGUGAUGAUGUACACAUCCUCUUCGAGGCUGCUGUUGGUUACAUGGACGGUGUCACCAUAAUGCAGGUCGACUACCGGAGCUUGAGGGGGCUCAGGGAAAUGGCGGGGAAGCAGGUGGCAUUGGGAUAUCCAAAAGAGGGUUAUGCGUUGCAGCGUACGAGUCUGGAGCGAGAUGCGCCGAUGCACGCGGUGGGACAGACAGGACCUGGCGUUUGGAUAUCUACAGCCUGA